GCAACGCGGACUUGGCUUGUCAGACUACUGUUGCUCAUCGUGCUAUUACCUGGAGCUCACCCAAAUGGCCGCGGUUGAUAUCUCUCCCAGCAUCUCCCAGCCUCAUGUAUUCCAUCACCCUACGGACAUCAUUCAUCCGGCGAACCUAGAUGAUGCGCCUCUGAAAGUUGACACGACCACAACCCCAGCAGAGAGCUCUGCCACACGUCGAGAUCCACACAUUCUACCGACGUUCCCCCCUGACGCCCCGCCAAGCAGUCCUAUUCUAUAUCUUCCCCCCAUUCUUUCUCUACUCCCUCCGGAAUAUGUGCAGCCACUGUCGCCUUCGCCAAGUGAUGGGCUUGCACCACUGUCAACUGACUCGCAUCUGCCAUCCAUCGACGAGGCGUCGUUAGCGUUACAUCGUGCCCUGCAUCAUUUCCGCCCGGUCACGUCGGAGUACGCGUAUGUUCCAUAUGCGUCCGCUUUCAACUGGCAUGAGCUCGAGCUCCCGGAGUCAAUUGAGUUCGAGUGGUAUUGCGUCAUGUUCCGCAGCAGACGCCGCGAAGGAAGUGACAGUGGACCGCUGUACGAGGCUGACCGAAAAGCUCACGAAGAAGCCGUUCAGAAUGGAGGCCUUCUACUCUAUUGGUACGGAACACCACAUCCAGAUACUCGAAUGAACCUUGCCACAUGCAUAUGGCAAUCACGCGCUCAUGCCCUUGCUGCCAACGGACGACCAGAUCAUAUUCGUGCCAUGCGAUUGGCCGCCGCAUCCUACGAACAUUGGGAGCUACAACGCUAUUGGCUGCGUAAAGUCAAAGGCGAGAAAGGCGUCACUAUCCACUCGUAUGAUGGAACGAGCCGGACAUGAUGCACAACGAAUAAAUCUGACGUUCUUUCUUUGCGGGACUUUUUCGUUAGUGACCUUUACGUAUAUCGCUGUCGCGCUUUCAGCUUGAUUUGUUUCUCUGCGUUCUGAAUUUCUGUCUUCUCCUCUACAUGUCAAGCUAGUUACUCAAGGGAGCACAAAUAGGAGGUAAUUUAUGCC